UUCAAAAUUUGAAGUUCAAAGUUCAAGUUCAAACAAACACUGAAGAAAAUAAUUUCUAUUUUCCUUGUCAGUUUCAAGAAGAAGAGAAGAAAUGCCAACUUACAAGAUCAGGGGAAUAGAUAUAGAUUUUCCAUAUGAAGCCUAUGAUCCUCAGCUUGUUUACAUGGAUAAGGUCAUCCAAUCACUUCAGGAGAAAUGCAAUGCACUGUUGGAAAGUCCCACAGGAACUGGAAAAACGCUGUGUCUUCUCUGUGCUACCUUAGCUUGGAGGAAGAGUUUGGGUAGUUUCACAACUGGUGUGAGCACAAAGACUGGUGACAGGUCAGAGAGUAUAACUGAUGUUGCAUCAUCACAAUCUGAGUCCUCGGGAUUUUCUACAAUUGUAUAUGCUUCACGCACUCACAGCCAGAUCCGUCAAGUAAUUCAGGAGUUGAAAAGAACAUCUUACAGGCCUAAGAUGGUAGUCCUGGGAUCUCGGGAGCAACUUUGCAUUCAUGAUGAAGUGAAGUUACUUCAGGGAAAAACACAAACAAAUGCUUGCCGAUUACUCUGUCGAAGGCGUGGGAAGCGUCAGUGUAACCAUUUCUAUCGUGUACCCGAUUACUUGAAGAGCAAUCCCCAUCUUGGAGAAGAACCUGUAGAUAUUGAGGAUUUGGUCAAUAUUGGUAGAAGAUUUGGGCCGUGUCCUUAUUAUUUAUCAAAGGAGCUCCACAAGGUUGUUGAUAUAGUAUUUGCUCCAUACAACUAUCUUAUUGAUCGUGGGUAUAGAAAGUCUCUGCAACUUUCUUGGAGCAAUAGUAUACUCAUAUUUGAUGAAGCUCACAACCUGGAAAGCAUAUGUGCUGAUGCAGCCUCUUUCGACUUGCCUUCUUGGCUUCUGACUGCUUGCAUUUCUGAGGCACAAAGUUGUAUUGACCUGUCAAUAGAAAGGAGAGAUAAAUCAAAUGAUAAGUCACAAAAUCCGGAUGAUUUUGCAAUUCUUAGAGCACUUCUUCUAAAACUUGAAAAGCGUAUUGCUGAAGUGCCUAUUGAAUCUAAGGAGUUGGGGUACACCAAACCUGGGCCUUAUAUCUAUGAACUGCUUGCUGAUCUUAACAUCACACACAAAACUGCCUCUAAGCUUACUGAUAUAAUUGCAGUAGCUUCAAACCUUCUUGAGGAACAAAAUCAACAGAAAUCAACUGGCACAAUCUGCAGGUUGGAUAGAAUUGGUGAAAUUCUUGAUAUUAUUUUCAGAGAUGUAACAGCUGCACGUGCUAAAUAUUAUCGUGUUCAUGUGCGGGAGGUUGAGGCUUGGGCUGGCAAUGGCUCUAAAGGCAAGGUGUCAAGGACACUCAGCUGGUGGUGCUUUCAUCCAGGAAUAGCCAUGGAAGAAUUUCCUAAGCUUGGGGUUAGAUCUAUUAUAUUGACUUCAGGCACAUUAUCUCCUAUGGAAUCGUUUGCUGAGGAGCUAAAAUUAGACUUCCCCAUUCGGCUGGAAAAUCCACAUGUAAUCACUCCAAAUCAGAUAUGGGCUGGAGUUGUACCAGUUGGUCCUUCCGGACGAACUUUUAACUCCUCUUACCGCACUCGUGAUUCGAUAGAGUACAAGCAAGAGCUUGGAAAUGCAAUUGUAAAUUUGGCCCGGAUUGUUCCUGAUGGACUCCUUGUAUUCUUCCCAUCUUAUUACCUUUUGGAUCAAUGCAUUGGGUGCUGGAAAAGUGUGAGUAAUGAAAGUUCAUCAUCAAUAUGGGAGAGAAUUUGCAAACACAAAAAACCUGUUAUAGAACCUAGGGAAUCUUCAUCAUUUGCCUCUUCAAUUAAGGACUACAUGACUAAGUUAAAUGAUGCCUCUGUAUCUGGAGCAGUUUUUUUUGCUGUUUGUCGAGGGAAGGUAAGUGAAGGGUUAGAUUUUGCAGAUAAUGCUGGUAGAGCUGUGGUAAUUACUGGUUUACCAUUUGCCACAAGCACUGACCCCAAGGUUCGGCUCAAACGUGAAUACUUAGAUCAACAAUCUCGGGCACAGGGAGAAUUGUUCAAGCAGGUUUUAACCGGAGAUGAAUGGUAUAACCAACAAGCCUCUCGAGCAGUGAAUCAAGCUGUUGGACGUGUAAUUCGCCACCGCCAUGACUACGGAGCAAUUAUUUUCUGUGAUGAAAGGUUUUCACAUCCACAUCGUCAGUCCCAGGUCUCACGUUGGAUACAGCCUCACAUCAAGUGUUUCUCAAGAUUUGGAGAAGUCGUUUUCACUCUAACUCGAUUUUUCCGGGAUGUUGGAACUGGGAGCCCUACAAAGUUGUCACUCUUAGAAGCUGAAAAUGGGGGAAAUCUGGGGGAAAUGCCAUCAGAGCACCAUAUGGACAAAUUUUUCAUGGAAAAACCUUUGUCACCUCUGACUAAACCAGUGGCUCAAAAUUUCUCUUUGAAAGCUUCAUCUUUGAUUUAUACUAAAAAAGGGUGUACAUCAUUCCUGGGGGAAAUUGUGCCUGCCAAUCGCUCAUCUCUGUCUUCUGACAAUGGAAAGAUUGUGGUCUGUGAAAGUUCAAGAGAUGUUUGUGGCAAGGUUUUGCUUGGAAGGAAGACUCUGCUGUCACAAGAACGUGAUGGGGUUGAUUUGACUGAUUGUUGUCAACUGGGUGAAAAAUCAAAGGAUACGCCAAUAGCACCUUGUUCUGCCAAGAAACGUAGAUUUAUAACAGGGGAGUAUGACUUAAAGCAACAUUUUGGAAAUUCUAAUGAGCAAUCAUCAUCUGGUGAUGUAGAUAUGCAAUGUAAAGAUGAUGGGACCUCUGACAGUCUUGAGUUGAUUAGACAAAAAAGCAAUCUUCCUAGUGAUUCUGCACCUUCUGCUGGUGAUGAAACCCAAGGAUCAGCAUUCCUUGCUCAGGUACGGGAUAUGCUUAGUACUUCAGAAUAUAUAGACUUUGUGGGUUAUAUGAAGGCACUCAAGACCAAAGCGAUGAAGAUUAGUGAAGUAUUACAGUGUAUUUCUAGAUUGUUUUCUGGACCUGACAGGCUACCUCUCCUUAAAAGGUUCAAAGAUUACAUCCCUGCCAAGUAUCAUUCUUUGUAUGAGCAGUAUGUUGAAAAAAAUUAACCACUUGGAGAUACUACUUAAAGGUGCCCCUGCUUGUGACUGCUGCUUCGACAAAUUUUCAGCUAAAAUUCAGAUGCGUACUUUGGGGCAUACAGUGUGACACAAACAUGUUGGAAUGAGCCUUCUUGAGAUUUGAUGUUGGCCUGGGUGGAUCAGCACAUGAGAUAUUUGGGAAUGAGUGGAUACCAAUUGAAAGAAUGGUCAUUUUUUUAAGGCCAAUAGGCAACCAAGCUCCUUGGGAUGAAUCCUCAGAUUACCUGUCUAUGAUAAUAUGUCCAUUUUUUCUCAAAGACUUACACAUAAAACAGUGCU